ACUUCUCCGUUGCACAUUUAAAGCCGGUUAUUGCUUAAGUGAUCCUCGAAUCUUGGACAGGCAAAUCGAACCCUCGAUUAUCAACCUGGCGGACGCGUGAAGGUUCAAGCGAGGCUCGCGGGUGAAACUGGACAGAUCCGCUCGGCUCUCGCCAUCACCCGUCCACGUUGCUAAACGAGAACGCGGAUCAUUCGCGACAUGGCGCGUCGCGAACAAUGCGACGCGACAACGUACGUCGAAAGCGCGGCCCGUAAUGGCGGCUGAUUAAAAAGCAUAAAAAGUGUUUUCUGUCGCGCGCCGCGUAACUCACCGGGCCAGCAAGCGUUUGGGAGUCGGAGAUAAGUCUGGAACAUUGUCAUCCCGACGCCUCCGAUCGUCGGGUAAUCAACAGCGAUACGUUACCAAUCGAUAAUAAUUCGUGGUUUCAUCUCGCCCACAGCUUCCCACGAUGUCGGAGAACAGCGAGCACUCGCCCGACGACACCGAGACGGAGACAAAGGCGAUGGAACCUAACGACUCAUCCAAGAGCGAAGUAAAAUUAAUGAUGAAUCAGACGGACGCGGCUCUGCUCGAGGACGAGGAAAUGCCGACGUAUAUCAGCGUGUCCAGUACCACAAGACCGGAUGAUUCGGAUGUUGUUAACGCGAAACAGCCAGAGAAUGAGUCCUCGCGAGAGGUGGACAGAGACCGGAGCCUGAGCCCAUAUCCCAGCGACGAUCAAGGAGCGAGUAGCGUGUAUGUUUUAUCAUCCGGAGAAGAAACCGAUCAUCCUUAUAACGACGAGGAUGAUGAAGAAGAGUAUGGAGAUAGCGACGAAAUGGAAAAUUUGGAACUUGACAAUGAAUUUGAUUCGGAGCGUCCAAGAGACAUGAAGCAUUUGAUGGAUGACGAGGAUGAUGAUGACGAAGACGACGAAGAUGAGGAAGAUGAUGAAGACAGUCCUAGACAAAUGCAUACUGAUGAUGACGGUAUCGAUGAUAAUUAUGAGGCUAUUACGAUGGAUUAUUACGAUGGAAGAUCUGAUGAUUUUAUCUUAAAUAAGAGAUUGAAAAAUCGUUACAAGGAAAAGAGUCUUUCUCUUCAAGAUUUAAAUACGUACGAGAAUAAUAUAAAUACUGAAUAUUUUAAGAGAAGACACUCGCAAGCUUUAAAGCCAAAUUAUCUAAACAUUCCAGAACAAGCUAUUGUAUAUUCUAUGAUCCAGAAAAAGCAACCAAUGCCAGGAAAAUAUCAUUAUGUACAAAGCAAAGUUAAACGUUAUAUCAAAGAUAUAAAGGAACAAAAUAGGCGUUCUAUGGAAAAACAUAUAAAACAGCAUCAGGAAGAUGCUAUUUACAGUAUAAGUAACGAUUAUAAAAAUGAUGAUACAGAAAAGACAAAGCCUACAGCGACCAACAAGACGAUAAAAGAUUACGCCGAAAGAACGAUAAAAGAGUUGGAAAUCGCAGAAAUAUGCGACACUAACAUGGAUAAAGUGGCCUACAAUGCUAGUACUUCGCCACAAAUGAUAUUAAAUGGACAAGAUAAUCAAAAUUGUUUGGAAUCAAUACAUGAAGAAUCCGUACAAAAUGAAGUCCAAAUAAGUAUACCAUUUGAGUCGACACAGAAUGAAAGAGAUCUUGUAAACACCGAUAAUAAGAUACAAAAACAAAAUGGAACAAUCGAAGUUAAACAACUCAAGUUUAAUUACCCUGACAGAGAAAUUUCACAUUUUGGAGAUGCUAUACAACCACCUCUUAUCCAAAAUGGUCAUCAAGAAGUACCAACGGUACUUUACAAUUUGCGAACCUUAAGUUAUGAGGAGUAUAUGCAUGGCACUUCUGAUUCUAGUCAAAAAACUGAUCUAAAUAGAAAUGCACAUGUUAUUGAACAAGAAUCUGUUCAACCUGAAACAUAUAAUUCAGAUCUAAUGGAUAUAUCCACAGAUAAUGAAGACACUUGUCCUUUAAGGAUUGAGGAUAUAAAAAGCAUUAAGACGAUGUCAGAUGAAGUGAAAAAUAAUAAUGAACAAAUAACUUUUGAAAAAACAAAUGAAUUUAAUAAGGCUGCUUUGGACACUUCAGAAGUUACCGCAUUACAAAAGAAAUUAACACAGAAAACUGUAAAAUACAACGGUUUGCUUGAUACAUAUCAAAAACAGCUUAUGGAAAAUAUAAAAAUGAAACAGGAAUUAGAUGAAUUGAGAAAAACCUUAGCAAAAUAUGAGAAAGAAAACAAACCGGAACAGAAGGUUGCAUCGGUUCAGACAGACGUUAUUAUCGAUUCUAUAUCUAAUCAACAUCAAGAUCAAACGGAACCUACACAGGUCAAGCAAUCUAACAAUAAAGUAUCGGGUAGUAGUGUCGCUUCAACGCUAAGUUCUAUAGAUCAGUGGAGUUCUAGUGCCGGUAAUUUAUCAAUAUCCAUGAAACCACCGGAAGUAACAAAAACAUUACAUUCUGACGAUAGUAUGAUACUGACUGAUGGUACACCACGGAAAACAACACUUUCACUAUCACGCGCAUUUAUUACUUCAUCCCGAAUCUUGCAAACUCUUUCAAGUAUUACACAGGGGAAAACAAAUCCAGAAAGUCCAUUGACACAAAAUUCAAAGAAAAGAUUAAACGAAAGUGUAACAAUGGAUCUGCAAAGUGACGAUAAUAGCUAUCAAUGUCAACCUUCUAGCUCCAAGAAAAGAAAGAUUACGGACCACCUUGGGCUACCUAAUUUUCUACAAUCCUUUAAAACUUCCCAAACUGCUGCGGAAUCACAUCCAAAGUUAAAUGAGAUACCUAAUGCAGAAUCUCAGUUUAAAAAUGCAUGUGAUUCGAUAAAUAAAAAUAUAGGUUUGCAAGCAAAUUCAUCUCAUGCUAAUACAAGUCAAUUAGGAGCUACUACAUCUACAAUGGAAAGCAAGACGGAUACCAUUGAUGAUCCAGAUGAUAAUGUAAAAUGCUUUGUAUAUCGUGAAGAUGAAAACAGUAAAGAUCGUAGUUUUUUAAUUCUAGCACAGGAGCCUGAAAAGGAUAAGACUAUUAAUGAAAAAGGACGUAUUCGAGAAUGUGGUCCAUACUUACUUGGUAAUGUAGAAGUAAGAAUGUCUGAAAUAAACGGAACAAUCAACAUUUGGGGUAAAGAGAUCAGUCAAGAAUCCACUGCUGAGACUGAAAAUGAGGCAGAAACAUCUACUAAAAUGAAAGAUAAAAAUUAUCACUGCUGGCAAAAAACACCGCAUACCAGAUUUAAUGGCAGUAAUUUAGUAUGUUCAACAAGUAAAAAAUCAAAAAGUCCAAAUGCGUGUAUUUCCUCUUGCCAAGACUGUGAUCUCUCAAAACAUCGUAAAGAAUGGUUAAGAUACAAACGAACACAUCCUCAAGAAAAAUUACAUUCCUGCUGCAUUCACAAUACAGACGUGUCAGAGCAGAAGUGCAAUUGUUCCUUGCACAAGGAAAGGCAAAAAUUCGAAGAUAAUUUUAAUUGUAGCAAAGAAAAAUUAAGUACAUCCCAGGAACAUCGACAAAGUUUUUCAAAAAAUUUAGAGCCUAACAAGCAUUUAUAUGAAAAUAUUGCUUCAGAAAACAACGAGCACAACUGUAGAAAUUGCACGGCAUGUCAUCAUUCACUGCAUAAUUCAGAUAAUUAUCAAGAAAGUCAUAAAUCUUGUAACACGUUGAAAGAAACUUGUGAGCCAUUAAUAAUGAAUACAGAUCGAGAAUAUAAUGAAUGUAAUCACUCGUCUCCCAAUGUUCUACAUGAAGAAGAGCCAUUAAUAACGCUAAAACAAGGUGAAACACCAGAGACGAAACGACGAAGAUUAACUGGGAGAAGGGUACGAGGAAUUUUAAUGGAUCUUAUACGAGGGUGUGGAGAUUGCUAUAAUCCUAAUGUAUCAAGUAAUAACAAAAGCUGUAUGCAUAAGAAGGAAUCUUAUUUAAGGAGUUGUUCUCCACAAAUCAAAAUUUCGCCGUGCGCAUCUCCAGAACCAUCAUGUUCUAAUUCAGGACAACCUGCUGGAAGAUGCUGCCAUAUUUACGCACAGCGAAUUGAAUCUCAACUGGAAGAAUUUCGAACGGAGAUGGAAAGGAUGCGAUCGCGUUCAGAUGCUAUUCUUAAUAUGCUCAAUAUGCUUCAUUCAGUGGAUACAGACUAAAGGAAUCCAUUUUAAUAUUAAUUAUUUCUAUUUCAUAUGUACAUAUAUCAUAUUUUGAUUGUUUUAGUUUCUUUCCUAACCACUAUGGAACCAUGCCUCGUCCUAUACUUCAUUGCUUAUAAAAGAAGUAUAGUCGAUUUGUUAAAUAAAAUAUAUAUAAUAAUAUGAGAGAUAUGUUUAUACAUCCAAUAUAUGCAUAGCUACGGUGAUACAUGUCACUUUUUUGUUAAAGUUUCUAAUAAGAUAGCGCUGUGUAUCUACAUUCAUAAUAUAUUUUCCAUGUGAAGAAAUUAGUCUGUGUGAAAUAAGUAUACGAUAAGUAUUACAGUUAAGUUAUGUGUUAAAAAUAAUGAAAUAAGUAAUCGCCAUACAGUAAAUAUACUUGACUCUUGAGUUUGUCUUUUAUAUUUCA